AUGAAACUUCAUGGCGUGUUUCGAGCGACCAAACUGCCAUCUGGACAGCAUACCAUUGGCACCAAGUGGGUAUUCAAGAUCAAACGCAAGGCUGAUGGAUCCAUCGAAAAAUACAAGGCGCGUCUCGUGGAAAAAGGGUUCAAGCAGAAAUAUGGCAUCGACUACACGGAAAAGUUUUCGCCGGUAGUCAAGUACGUGACGCUGCGCAUGGUGGUUGCAAUCACGAAGUACUUCUACUGGACACUGGACCAACUGGACGUGGUGACAGCUUUCCUAUACGGAGAAAUGAAGGAAAAGGUAUUCUGCGCGAUCCCAGAAGGAGUCGAAGUUGAUGAAGACUUUGACUGGUUUGAGCUGGUCAAGGCGAUCUAA